GGCGGGGUUAGAGGAAGAGAAUGAGCUGUUUGUGCGGGCGAUACUCUGUGCCCAUUGAUUAAAUGCAACACAGCUCACUGAUGGAGGAGCACAGGACGGAGGUAGUCAGUCUCUCGACUGAAUGCGUGGUGUAAGCAGGGACGAGGACAUAUCUAUAUCUUUACAGUGGUGCACCCACAAGCCACAGUCGUGACAGUAAACGUGAGGGAGGAACACCACCGGGACCCAGUGUGCAGGAUGCAGACUGAGCGGGAGACAGUGCAAAUGGUCUGAUGCUGCAGGAAAGCGCCAUUGUCUGUGUCAGCACCCUAGCCUCCUGCCAGAUCUCGCCAUCUCUAUUAAAUGCAUUGGGAGCUGCACAGAGGAGCUGCCUGCUCAAUGGUGCUUUUUAUCGCUUGUUUCCUUUUCGCCAUAAAGAACCACUCCCAGUCAACAGUGUGGCUGUAUAUGACUACAAGCAAUCUCCACAAACUGGAGUCCUGUUUGACAUUCAAUAUCCAAAGCAGACAACCAACUUUUUCUCAAGAUUAAAAUUAAGCUACUUUGAAGGCAGUUAUUAUCGAACAUCACUCCACAAAGAUUUUCUGAAGGGCAAGUUAAUUUUCAACACCUGGCUACCUGGAACAUGCUACAGUAACAUUACAUUCCAACUGGUGGCAGAGGCUAAUGUUAAUCGAGUUCCGUUAAUGGAGUACAGUGCUGUUGGACAUGAGCCAAAACAUCAUCGAACAGUACCCUACCCCCCCAGUAAUGUGUCAAUGAAGAUUGUGUACAAGAGACGCCAGUCUGAGGGCGAAAUUCAUGCUGGUCAUGAACAUUAUUUUCUCAACACUAAUAAAACUGCUGAUGAGCGAAGCAAUGCAAUUGAUACUGAGAUCAGUGACCCCACAGCAAACCAGUCAACCGAACGGGGUGAUAAUAAAUUCACUAAUGACGCUGACAAGAAAACGAAAGCUAAUUGGGCGCUGGAGAUGCAUCCAGACAGUAAAGAGAUUUCAGCAAGUGGAAGCGAUUAUUUAGAUAUAAUGAAUGUUACUGAAGAAGAUUCUCCAAAUGUUAUUUAUGCGACCACAGCGGCUGUGCGCUCCGUGAUCGGUCCGGAGACUGUGUGGCUCGUGCUCCAGUGGUUCCCCCCAAAAUCAUAUACAGCUUACGAUGGCUUCAACAUUUACAUCCAAAGGGAAGGGAACCCUGGUCAGGUUUUCACAGUAGAAAAUGACAGUUAUGUUUUUGAGCUCGAACUCCAAGAGGCGGGAAAGUACAAUGUCAAUGUAACAACUGUCAGCUCCUUUGGAAUCUGUCCAACUAGAGAGAGCUCAACCAAGAAAGCUUUGACGUUUUACCUGAGUUCCUUUGGGAAGUGGUUUAAGGAGAUCACUGAAAGCCCUCAGAACAUCGCUGUGAAGGUGCUGAAUUCUAUUACAGCCCACGUAUCCUGGACUCACUCACAAGACAACAACUACGAUAGUAUUGUGUCGAUCGUAUCUCUGUCUUGUCAGCAGCAAUUAGAGGGCCAGAGAAUUGAGUCUCAUUAUUGCUACAAGGUAAAUCUGAGCAGUAACAUCAUUGAAAACCUAAUGCCAGGAGCGUAUUACCAGGUUGUGGUCUACUUGAAAAAUGGCCCUGCUGUUGGCCCUCCUUCUCUCCCAGUUACAUUUGGUUUGAAGCCAUCAGGAGUGAAGAAUCUGAUAUUAUACCCUUUGGGCCCCACAGCAGUAGUGUUGACCUGGAACAGACCUUACUCUGUGGUGUUUAAAAAGUACGUUGUGGAAAUGUACCAUCAUGAUCCGCUGAACCAAAACUCAAAAUGGAAAACCAUCCAAGAUAUUCCAUUCACAAUUGCCUUAACAACCUCGAUGACUGUGACUAACUUGCAACCAGCCUCACGUUAUGAGUUUCGUGUCACGAUGGUGUCUUGGGGAGAGCCUGAAAUGAGUUGCUGUGACCGAUCUUUAAUGAGCUACAUAACAGCACCACUAGCUCCGAAGAUUACUUGGCUGGAGUAUUCUAAGAACCUACUCUCUGUUAGCUGGACCUACGGGGACAUUACAACUGAAGCAUCCAAUUCAACCUUACCUUAUUGGCUUGUUGUAGCAGUUGGACAAAGAAUUAUUAAAAAGAGUGUGCCUCAUAGCACAAUGACAACUUUGCUUCGAUUGCCUCCUGGAGACAUCUAUAACCUAACUGUGGUAGCCUACACAGAAGGGAGCAGCAACUCCUCUGCACCGCGUAUCAUCCAACUCCAACCUGCUUCUCCCAAGUCACUCUUCGCUGUCAACAAAACGCAGACAUCGGUGACACUCCUGUGGGUAGAGGAAGGAGUCAUUGAUCAUUAUGAGGUCACGUGCAAACAGGUUGGAGCAAGAGAUGAAGGAAAGAAAGAAGAGGCCACAGUUUACUCUCCUAUUGUUACACUUACCAACCUCGUGCCAUCGACCUCCUAUAACUGCAGUGUGACCAGUGUCAGUUAUGAGCGUUACAGUGCUCCGGUUUUCAUCACUGUCUCAACAACAGUUACAGAAGUGAAUUCGAACAUGGUGGUCAUCUCUGCCCUCGCAAUACUGAGUAUCCUGCUUAUUGGACUGUUGCUGAUUACACUGUUUGUUCUACGACGAAAGCACUUGCAACAUGCCAGAAAUUGUGGAGCCGGAAUAUUUGUCAAUUUCGCCACUUUGGAGAGAGAUGGGAAGUUGCCAUUUAACUGGCGUAGAAGUAUUUUUGCUGUGCUUGCACUUCUCCCAUCAUGCCUUUGGACUGACUAUCUUUUGGCCUUUGGUAUUAACCCUUGGAAUAAAUAUGCAUUGAAGAAGAGGAAACUGGCCAACCCUGUUCAGCUGGACGAUUUUGAGUUAUAUCUGAAGGACAUGGGUAGAGACUCUGAUUACAAAUUCUCUCUGCAGUUUGAGGAUCUAAAGCUUGUGGGUCAGGAUAUACCCCAUGAUGCAGCUGAACUGCCAGUGAAUCGAUGUAAAAAUCGUUACACUAAUAUCCUGCCGUACGACUUCAGCCGAGUGAAAUUAAGAUCUCUUCACAAUGAAGAGGGCUUGGACUACAUCAAUGCUAACUACAUCCCUGGAUUUAACUCUGCACGUGAAUACAUUGCAACGCAAGGACCCUUGCCGGAGACCAGAAAUGAUUUUUGGAAAAUGAUAAUGCAGCAGAAAUCCUGUAUCAUCGUUAUGCUUACACAAUGUACUGAGAGGAGACGGGUAAAAUGUGACCAUUAUUGGCCUUUUAAUGAACAGCCUGUUGGUUAUGGGGACAUCACUGUUGAAAUGGUUUUUGAAUCAGAGCCCUCAGAUCAGGCUGAGGAGACUUAUCAGUCUGAAUGGAUCAUCAGGGAAUUCAACGUAAGCUACGCAGAUGAAAUUCAGAGAGUGAUUCACUAUAAUUACAUGGCAUGGCCAGAUCAUGGUGUGCCCAGUGCUAGUGCAACAGAGAACAUCUUACAGUUCGUACAACUGGUCAGGCAGGAGGCAAUGGAGAGACCCGGCCCAAUAGUUGUGCACUGCAGCGCUGGUGUGGGAAGAACGGGCACCUUUAUAGCUCUUGACCGACUUAUGCAGCACAUCCAGGAGCAUGAGUACGUAGAUAUCCUGGGCCUGGUGACUGAAAUGCGUACAUACAGAACAUCAAUGGUUCAGACAGAGGAACAGUACAUUUUCAUUCAUCGGUGCGUGCAGCUGAUGUGGAAAAAGAGAAAGCAACAGUAUGGCAACAGUGAUGUGAUAUAUGAGAAUUCUAGACCCUCCCAGCUAUGAAGCCUGAAAGAUUCCAAACUUUACAGCACACUGCUUUAUUCUAAGCUUCAGGUACAUCCUGGGCUUGGCUCUAACCACAGAGGACCAGUGCUAGCAAGAGAGAGCUGAUAAAAGAAAAGAACAUUAAAAAAAAGUGCUCUGGAACAAUGCCUUAAAAGUACCUGUAGUGUCUUUGGACUAUUUCCACCAAUGAAAAUUCAGUGUGGGACCAAAUUCAUAUGAAACAAGUGUUAAAGUAGGUACAAGCAACAAGUCCAUAACGAAGAAAUAAAGUGUAUUGCAUUCCACUGCUCGUGUUCAGUUAAUGCACCAUGUUACAAAGAUAAACUUUCACUAAACGUCUGCUUUCCAGGAAUAGUCUAGCCUUUCUUAUACAAGCCAAAUAAAACCACACUUUAAAUUAAAUGGUAAAAACUGUGAAAUGACUGAGGAAUUCAUGGAAUUAUUGUAUUUAUGCAAUAAAGAACAUUUGCAUCAGAGAUUGGUGAUUAAGAUGAUUUAUCUGGCACUGCAGAUCUGAUAGGUAUUCCUCAGUAAUGCACAUACUGUUGAUUAUAAAUUGAUGUUGUGUAAUGCAUUGUGUCUUGACAGUUUUGGUGUGUUGCAGAGGAGGUAAAAUUCACUGUUUUCAUUUAGCAGUUAUAAUAAAUAUUUCCCAACAUCUACACACACUGCCCUUUUGGGUGCUGAAUUUACCUAGAUCUUAAAAAACACGAUCACAUGACUGCACAUAAAAUUGGCGCUCUAAAUAAAAAUGAGAUGAGGGAGAAAAGAAUGCUAAUUUGAAUUUGAAUCAUGCAAAAUGUUUUAUUUUACAAAAGGCACAACGAUGCUAUAGUUUAGCUAGUGAAUUGUCACAGGAAAUUUACUCCCCAGAAGUAAAAGUUAUACUGGACAGUUGACAGCAAGAUUCAACACAAGUGAUUGAGAACCACACUCCUAUAGCAGUAAGCAAACCGCUAGUCUCAAACCAGACCUGUUUAUACAGUUAGAAUUCUAAUUGUUAGUGAGAUACCAUAAUUAUUGGAGUACCAGUUUGCACCAUUCUGAAAAGAUUUUAAAUUUUUUUAAAAAUUAAAAUCAGUAAAAUUAUUGGAUGUUACCCCAUACAAAUCUCUAGCCUUAAACCAUUAUGGU